GAAAAACAUCGCAGAUGUCAGUGACGCAGCGAGAACAUCGAAAAUAGUCGAGUUUGAUGAGCGUCCGUGAAAUAUUGAAGUUUUUCUUAAGUUUUCCACGCAAUAUUAACACGUGAGUGUUGUUAAAGUCUAAAAAAGAUCACGAGUUGUAUAUUGUCGUUGAAGGUCGAUGAGUUGAUGAGCUGGAAAGUGGGAAAAAGUGCAUUAAACAUUCGGGUGUGUCUCGCGAGUUGUUCUUGUUGUGAGGUAAAACGGAAGAAGAAGUAGAAGAAGCUCCUCCAUCACCACAUCUGCAGUUUCUCACGUCAGUCUGAGUCAAGCAGCCUUCGAGUGAUCACCUCGCCCAUUUCUCUUAAGACUUCUAAAAUAAAAAUUUUCUUGGAGUCUAGAGGAUGAGCCACUGUGCCUGAGGAGGCUUUCGCGAUUUACAGUUCGAUUCUCGGGAAUGUGGUCUAGGGAGUGAGUGCUGUGUGCCAAAUUGAGGUGAUCUCAGGAGCUUCGAAUUAGUGCUGAGUGCAUCCGGAAUAGUGUUUUGUGUAGCAUCUCAUUCUGAAACAGUGGACGCGUGUGAACGCGUGAAUCAUGUUUAAGUGCAUUCCAAUCUUCAAGGGCUGCAAUCGACAAGUGGAAUUUGUCGAUAAGCGUCACUGCUCCCUGCCCAAUGUCCCCGAGGAGAUUCUUCGGUAUUCCCGGAGCCUCGAGGAGCUCCUUCUCGAUGCCAAUCACAUCAAGGAUUUACCCAAGAAUUUCUUUCGACUGCAUCGACUGCGAAAAUUGGGCUUGAGUGAUAAUGAAAUACAUAAAUUACCACCGGAUAUACAAAAUUUUGAGAAUUUAGUGGAAUUAGAUGUUUCCAGAAAUGAUAUACCGGACAUUCCUGAUGAUAUCAAACACCUUCGAAGUUUACAGGUAGCUGACUUCAGUUCGAAUCCAAUUCCACGAUUGCCCGCCGGCUUUUCGCAACUGAAAAGCUUAACAGUAUUAGGACUCAAUGAUAUGUCGUUGACAUCAUUGCCAGCCGAUUUUGGAAGUUUGACGCAACUUGAAUCGCUGGAAUUGCGAGAGAAUCUUCUUAAGAGUUUACCAGAGUCGAUAAGUCAAUUAACAAAAUUGGAGCGACUGGAUUUGGGUGAUAAUGAAAUUGAACAUUUACCCCCUCAUUUGGGUCAUUUACCAGCACUCCAGGAACUUUGGUUGGAUCACAAUCAAUUACAGAAACUUCCACCUGAUAUUGGGUUGCUCAAGAAUUUGGUGUGCCUUGAUGUUUCUGAAAAUAGAUUGGAGGAGUUGCCCGAGGAAAUUGGUGGUUUGGAAAAUCUGACAGACUUGCACUUGUCGCAGAAUUUGCUGGAGACCAUCCCCGAUGGGGUUUUACACUUGACCAAAUUGACAAUAUUGAAACUAGAUCAGAAUCGAUUACACACGCUGAAUGAAUCCAUUGGAACAUGUGUUAACAUGCAGGAGUUGAUUCUGACGGAGAACUUUCUAAUGGAAUUGCCAAAAUCAAUUGGUAACAUGACCAAGCUGAAUAAUUUGAAUGUGGACCGAAAUGCACUUACGGAGUUACCCAUAGAGAUUGGGAAUUGUGUUAAUAUGGGAGUACUAAGUUUGAGGGAUAACAAAUUGACCAAGUUGCCAUCGGAGUUGGGUAAUUGCCUACAACUCCAUGUGUUGGAUGUGUCGGGAAAUCGCCUCAACCACUUACCUUAUUCAUUGGUCAAUUUGCAAUUAAAAGCUGUGUGGCUGUCAGAGAAUCAAGCACAAUCCCUCCUUACAUUUCAGCCGGACACAGAUGAAGCAACUGGUGAACAGGUCUUGACAUGCUUCCUUCUUCCUCAGCAGGAAUAUCAACCACUUAGUCCGGAUAAUCAGAAUGAUACGGAUUCUGAAGGCUGGGAAGAACGUGAAGCAUCUCGCACGCAUUCCGUGAAAUUCUCCGAAGACUCUGUCACGGAUAAAGAGCAAACACCGUUUGUCCGUCAGAAUACGCCGCAUCCCAAGGAGUUGAAGAUGAAGGCGCACAAGUUGUUUGCAAAAGAAAAGAGUAAAACCGAAGACACAAUCGGUUUGGAUACGUUAUCGGAAGAGUCAUCGUCCAAACCGUCAUCUGUGAAAACGGUUAUUGAGUCAGGGACAAUGGAUAAUAUUUCUGAGACACAAACCGAUGUGGGUUCUAUUCCGCCAUCUGGUGCUGUAAUUGUGGCGGGAAAGAGUGUGAGUCAAGAACCUAUUGGAAUUCCUCAGGUCAGAUCAGAUGUUGUUGAGGAAGUUAGAGAUGUUUUGACCAUGCCUGUGGGCGAUAGCAAUGUUGUGGGACUUCCAAAUCCACCGGGUGAUCCAGAUAUCGAUGCUGACAUGGAAGAUAGACGAGUGGGAUUUACAAUAAAUCAAGAAAGUGAAGACGAUGGGCACUUUCCCAAUGAUCCUGAAGACCUUAUGAAACGCCCAUUAAAGCUCCAUCGAAGGGAUACACCGCAUCAUUUGAAGAAUAAACGUGUUCAGCAUGGAAUGAACGACAAAGCGGCCAAUCUCAUCAUUGCCAAUGCACUCAAGAUGAAGGAGAAUGUGCUCCAGGAACCAGUGAUUCAACACAGAAUUGAGCAUGUUGUCCAGGAGGAACCUGAUGAUAGCAAAGCCGAAGAAGAAGAUGCCGCAGAUGGGAUCACGGAAUUGCGUGAGGAGCGCUAUGAAAUUCAUAUUGAGCGCACGUCAGCGGGAUUGGGAUUGAGUAUAGCCGGUGGGAAGGGUUCAACACCAUUCAAGGGGGAUGAUGAGGGAAUUUUCAUAUCACGCGUAACUGAGGGUGGACCAGCUGAUUUGGCUGGUCUUCGUGUUGGUGACAAAGUGCUCAAAGUCAAUGGGGUUUCGGUGGAAUUAGCCGAUCACUAUGAGGCUGUUGAGAUUCUCAAAGCAUGUGGCUCAGUUUUGGUUUUACUUGUGACCAGGGAAGUCACCCGAUUAGUAGGGCAUCCAGUGUUCAGUGAAGAUGGUUCAGUGUCUCAGAUCUCCAUUGACAAUCGCACGUUGGAGCAGCAACAGAUGGAUAUGCAGCAACAUCAAAAAUUUAUCCCACCACCCAUUCAGAUUAAUCCACAGCAGCAACAGAAUCCCGGUGUUGUUCCUCAAGGUGUUGUAACGUCACCUCCCCUUUUGACCGCAACGCCCAAUGGGGUGCUCGAGAAUGGAGGUCGAGAUGUGGUGCACAAAAUCACUCUCCAUACUACUUUUAUUAGGGAUCAGAUUGGUCAAGGGUUGGGCUUUAGUAUUGCAGGCGGGAGGGGGUCUCCGCCGUAUAAGGAUGGUUCCGAUGGAAUAUACAUAUCCAGAAUCACAGAAGGUGGACUAGCGCACAAAGAUGGAAAGAUCAUGAUUGGUGAUCGAGUAUUAGCGAUUAACGGAGUUGAUAUGACUUCGGCACAUCACGACUAUGCUGUCCAGCUCCUAACGGAUACCCAGAGAUUUGUUCGGUUGGUGAUACAGCGAGAAGUUAAGGGUCCUCUGGAGCCCCCACAGAGCCCCAGAAGUCCCUCGAUUCUCAAAGGUUUGAGUCCGACGGGAUAUAUGGCCAAUCGACCAACCUACUCGGGAUACAGGCGGUCAAUUGAUGGGUCUGAGAGUAUCAAAACAGCAGCUCAGACACAUGCAGCGCCUGCAACUGUGCCAGGGGCUACUGUUCCGCCAAAAACCAAUGGUUUUGAAACGGUUCCAGCCCCACAGCCGGCUCCACGUCGUCUUGGAUCACAGAGUGGUGUGACAAAUGGGGCACAGAAUGGCCCUCAGUCAGCCGAUGAAGAACCACAGGUGCCACAUACACCACGUCCACUGACCAGUGAUGAUUUUCAAGCAAUGAUCCCAGCCCAUUUUAUCAGUGGAGGCGCCCAGCCCCAUGUUGAUGUUAGGGAAAGUGAACAUGGGCCAACGGUGACGGUGACAGUGAACAAGGGUAUCCCAGAUAUGCCAAUGCUACCGCCGGCACCCACAGAGUUGGGCAAAGUCACUGAAACUAUUACAAAGUCAACAUUCACGGAGACUGUUAUGACACGGGUCACAGACAAUCGUUUAGCUGAGCCACUCAUCAGUGAGGAUGUGAAAUUGCCGAAGAAUCAGGGAUCCCUUGGCUUCAGCAUAAUCGGCGGAACUGACCAUUCGUGUGUUCCAUUUGGAGUACAUGAACCUGGAAUAUUUAUUUCUCACGUUGUUCCUGGAGGAAUUGCCUCUCAAUCCGGCAAGCUCCGAAUGGGAGAUCGGAUAUUGAAAGUAAAUGGAACGGAUGUGACACAGGCGACACAUCAAGAAGCUGUAAUGGAGCUUCUUCGUCCUGGAGAUGACAUCACAUUAACAAUUCAACAUGAUCCACUUCCAAUUGGUUUUCAGCAAUGCGAAAUAGAAAUAUUAAAGACGGAGCAAGUGAUUCUGGUGAAAGGCGAGGGUGAGCGUCUGGGGAUGCACAUAAAAGGUGGAUUGAAUGGUCAGAAGGGUAAUCCUUUGGAUCCAACAGAUGAGGGUGUUUUCGUUUCCAAAAUAAAUUCAAGUGGUGCUGCAAGACGAGAUGGCCGACUGAAGGUUGGAAUGAGAAUCCUAGAAGUUAAUGGCACAUCCCUUUUGGGAGCUUCACAUCAGGAAGCAGUUGACUCUUUGAGAUCGGCUGGCAAUGAACUCUACUUAAUUGUGUGCAAGGGAUAUGAUAAAUCUGCUCUGAUUCAUGGAGCUGGAAUGGCGGGUGGAAUGAGCACUGGAAGACGUCUAGGGUCCAGAGCAUCUGAAACAGGGUCAGAAUUGAGUCAGAGUAUCUCAAGUUUAGAUCGUGAGGAUGACGAUCCGACAACAUCACAGCAACAAAAUCUUGUGGAUUCCGAGGUAUUCAGUGAUACAAUUGAAAAGAUAAAGUCUCUGCAGGUGGAUGAGAUGGAAAGUAAAUCUGAAGUACCAGAUCAAUUGGCACUUGUAAAUUCAACACCAUCAGAUUUGGUUCUCAUGAAAGAGAAGAGUACACCAGAAAAGGUCCUGGACAUUGUCAGAGCUGCUGAAUCGCUAGCCCUUGGCGGAAAUGCUGAGGUGCCGCCUGAGGUGCAAGUUGAAGCUCAUCAUGAUGAUAAGAAGCAGAAGACAACAACAAUUGUCAUGUCCAAACACACACUCGAUACACAACCACAGGUCGAGGGGACAAGAGGAGGUCACCAAAGGCCAAAGAAUUUUAACAGUGUUGAGGGACAAAGGCCAAGAACACCUUCUGUUUCAGAUGCCGAAGGGGGAAGUGUUCCGGUGAAUGUUGAUCAGAAAAAGCCACCAAUCCCUGUUAGGAGAGAGUCUGUGGAGGCAACUCUCGAUGAUGUUACUGAUGAAAGUGAGGAUGAGAAUAUGAUGUAUGAAAAACCUCUUCCGGAAAAGAGGAAGCAACAUAAGCCAACAGUUGUAGAUGUUAAGCUUGCUGAAGAGGAGAUUCUCACGAAGAAACCCCAGAAUGUGGUGAAAGAAAAGCCCAAAGAGAAGGUUGUUUAUCGUGGUGAAUCAGAUAGGAGUUCUGUGAAUUCGUACAGAGGUGAGAGUGGAAGGAAGUCAGUAAGUUUUGACUUGAGUGAGAAUAGUAGUGAAGAAACCCCAGAAACUCCCGUGUAUCAUCGUCCAAUGACACCCAAACCUGAUCCAUGUCGACACAUUGAAUCCGAUGAGAAUAUCUUUAGUUACGAGAGUGAUGAAGUUAGCAGAGUGGAACAGAGAGUGUCAGAGAAGCCCAAGAGGCGUGGAAUUCUCCGAUCACCAAGUCCCCAAGUGGAAUCACCACGAUCGACACUUGAAAGGCCAAUUGGGCACAAAGAUAAGGUCAGAAAAGAUGCUAUAUCGGAUGGUAGGGAAGAGGAAGAAGAGAUUGAACGAGAGAAUCCAUUUAGAAAGGAAGCACUUUCAGCUAAGAGAUUCUCAGAGAAAUUCAAAGAGUACUCCAAGAUUCCCAGAGGAGGAGAAUCUGGAUCAGAAUCUGAAGAUAAUAAGAAAAAUCGUCCAAUAUCAGCUUACGGAUAUGAUCAUGAUUAUGCUUGGACUUUCAGGCAUAUUCACAAGGAAUUUGAGGAGAUUUCUCAGUCAAAUGAGAAUCUCAGUAAUACAUCUAAAAUUCCCAUCAAGAAACCUAUUCUCUACAAAUCCACGGAACGACCACAUGGAAAGCCACCAAUUCCACCUAAACCACCAGUUAGUGUGAAACAGGCUGAUCUUGUAAAAAAUGACGCUCUGAACCGCUUAUCGAUGGAACAUGGAGAUUUUGUGGAAUUUCAGCAUGAUGCUGAAACUAAUGCUAUACUAGAGAUACCUAGGCCAUUUAGCCCAGAUUCUCCCCUGCCUCCUGUUCCUCGGGCGGACGAUAAGAAGGUACCCUAUAAGAGGGUUGGAAGUGUUGAAAGACCUACGGAACGACCUCCACCGCCUCCAGUUAAAUCCCCUUGUCAAUAUGAGGUCAUUCCGGCAAAAUAUGAUGUUUUACCAUCGCCAAAGACCCCUGAGUUUAUUCAUGAGAAUUCUCCGGACAAUAUCCUUGUCACUGAGGAUGUGCAUAGAAAUAUUCUGUUGGGAGAACAUGAAAUUCGUAAGGCUAUUCAAGAAGAAAUUGAUGAUGCCAAUAACAAUCGACCGCUGGGAAAUCCCUUCCUGAGUGACUCAGAUUCCGAUAUCACAGCCACUUCUGCAGCUGCUGAUCUUGUUCAUCCAGGGCCAAUUCUCUCGCCAAAUAAUAUCUUCCCACCGCCCCAGAUCCUUCCAGUUCACUACUCACAGCUGCCGAUGCCACAGCAGCCCGGAUACUUUAUCCCUUAUUCAGCACCAGCUGGUGGACAAUUUUUGUCGCCACCGGCUUCGGCAAAGACGCCCAAAACCGUGUCCGAUAAGAAGAGAUUCUUCGAAAAUGCAAUGGAGGAUCAGCAUAAGGGUACUCCAAAGCCAGAAAAAGUCUUCACAUUUCUAUCAAAGGACGAAGUAGAGAAACUGAAGCAGGAAGAGGAAAGGAAGAUUGCUACAAUGGGACUUGAAAAGCCAAAAUUGAGUGAAUCAGACGAUCCAGAUGACAAUCUCGAAGAAGACGACGAUGCCUAUAAUUCCAGAUGUAGCAGUUCACCAUCUCAACCCUCAUCCCUUACAUUUGUCGCCACCACAUCCUCACCAUCUCCCGAAGCACCUAAGACGCCACACAGUCGUAUCCCUGUUCGCACAGCAAAUGCCGAAAAACGUGCCCGGGAACGGGAAUCUGGUCAGAUGGCUGGGCAUCGGGAGACCGAAGGUACAGAGAGCCAAUUGAGCCCGGUGGAAUUAAAAGCUCUGAGGGCAGAAAAGAGACGAGAGUGGCGUCAGGCUAGACUGAAAUCCCUGGAGCAGGAUGCAAUGCAAAUUCAGAGCAUAAUUCAAGCUCAAAAUGCUGUAAAUGAAUCAAAUUUGCUGCAGCAUCAGCUGAAAGAGGACAAGAGCAAUAAAAAUGAGUCUUUAGUUUUUCCUCGUAUUGCUGUCAAGUCGCGUCCUGGUGCUUUGGUCGUCCGCGAAAAGGAAAAAGUUCUCGAUGAGAAGAUAACACGACGUACAGAAGAAGUUCCUUGUCCAAUAACUGGGGAACCACAAAUCAGAACUAUUGAAUAUAUUGAAAAGCUCAUCGAAACUGAGGUGGAAACGUGUCAGGAGAAGAUAAUAUCGAUAGAACUGCAGGAUCCAUUGAGGACACCAGUUGCUACGCCAUCAGAUGAGGAGAAUCCCUCAAUUGUUACAGUUCAGUGUCGUCCGGAUGGUGCUGGUGGACCAUUGGAGUUUGUUGUGAGGCCAGGAGUAGAUGCGACAGAUGCAACAAGAUUGCAGUAUGUUCCCAUGCAGACAAUUGUUGAAGUGGUUAAUCCCAUUCUUGGGGGUCAUGGGGCUGCAAAUACUAUAACUGUGGGAAGAUCCAGUGAUGAUUAUCCGUCUUUUGAUGAAGAAACGGCAGAAUUUGAGGCCAAUGAACGGUAUGAAUUGAGUUUGAAUGACAAAAUGAAAAAUGUCCUGCAGGAAUUGCUGGAAAAUGAGAAGGUGAAGCUCAAUAGAUCCAGAAGUAUGACUGAGAGUGACAAUGAGGAGGAGAAUACCCAUGAGGAUGAUGACGAUGAGUCAGAAGGAGCAGUGGAAUUUGAUUCUGUUUUUAGGGAUCAUGAGGGCAAUGCACAUUUUGGGAAUGGGUUUUCGGGGACUUUGAAUAAGUUGCUUGAUCAGGAGAAUUCCAAUCAAAUAGAUCAGUGUCAAGUUAUUAGUAAUCCCAAUACACAAGAUGACGAAGAAGCCAGCCGAGAAGUUAGGAAAGAAGCUGCUGAUGACGAACUUAAGGAGCGUCUUCUAUCACAAUUGAAUGUGGAUAAUGCUGUUGCUGAGGAAGCAGCAGUUCUGGAAGAUGAAAUUGUGGCUAAUGUCCUGGAAAGUGGGAUUCCAACUGCGGUAAAUUCAAGUACAAAUUCCAAGAAUCGUAAAAAAAGAAAAAACAAAAAUAAGAAAAAAUAAAGCUACUAACAUCCAAGAGCUUUUACAAAUAAACUUUCCAUCUCUGUCCAAACAUCAAAAUAGCUUCACAAGAAGAUGUAAUUUUGGUGUGUGAAAAUCAAUUAAUUAUAAUAUCUAUGUAACAAAAGCUCACUAUCAUGCAGCUAAUUAAUAAAAAGAAAAUUCUUUAAUGAAACAGGAAAUAAAAAAAAAAAAUAUUUAAAAAAAAAACGUGCAAGAGGAGAAACUGGUUUAUGGGAUAAUCAGGAAGAGGAGAUGCUUAAGAUGUGAUGAAUAAGAUAUUUUUUUUGUGGAAUAUAACAGAGAACGCAACGCUAAAACUCAUAAAAAUUUUCUAAUUAAUUGCCUUCAAUUAAAAUGAAGAUUUUAAUUUAGAUAGCGACAUUGAUAUAUCGGUUCAACAGCCUUUUAUUCUUAUUUCUUUUUUUCCAGCGCGUUUUUACAUCACGAAUGGGCUCAAUGAUUCCAAUAGCUAAAAGAAAAGUCUAAUUUAUAUAAUUGUGCAAAGUGGAUCACAUCUCUUUUUCAACUCCAACCAACCGAAAUCAUGUGGCAAAGUAAGACAAUUCUCUUAUCCACGUCAUUAAUCCUCACCCUCACCUUUCCAGAAAUUCUCCCAACAUCCAAUUAAAUUAAUAAUAGAGAUGGCCCCAGGGAAAUGAGCAUCAAGAAAGUAUAAAAGAAAGUGUAAAAAAAACAUUCCGGUGCUUCUUGCAAAAACGAAAAGGAAAUAUGUUUUGCGCAUUAAAGUCCUCAACUCAUUUCUCAAAGCUAUCUUCCAAACUCACCCUUUUUUGCGCUCCCUUAAUUGCAAUUUAAUUUUUCGCAAUAGGAAUUAAUUUAAUUAAUUUUCUAUUAUCUUUUGAUAAUUGUAACAGUGAAAUAGAGCAAGAAUAAUUAUUUUAGAUUAAUAUACUAAAAAUAAAAACAGAGAUAUUAUAUAAGUAUGAAAUCAAAACCUAAUAGGUAGACUUGUAGUAUCUAAUAGAGAGUAUUGACGUGAGAUAAAUGUUAGAUAAUAGCUUGUGUCCCAUGGAGAUAUCACAAGAUGAUUAUUAGGAGAAAAUAUAAUAUAAUGACUAGAGUUCUUAAA